AUGGCUGCAGUAAACACAAAUGUUCUUGUUCUACUUGAUCCUACCGAUCAACAUCAACGAUUCGAACAGCUUUAUGAUAGACAAUUAUUUUCGCGAUUCACCGACAAAGAUCGUUGCAUAUUGCAUGUUAUGUCUAGUCUCCAACAUGUUCGUUUCAUUGGUUUCUUCAUACCACACACGGAACAUACCAUAGUUAACGCACGAAUUACUUUAUUUAAAAAUACAAUAUUUUACAUAUAUUGUACAAAUGCAGCGAAUAUUCGAGAAAUGAGAAGAAGAUAUAAUUAUCCGAUGUUUGUAAAAAUAUUUGACGUUCAAUGGUUAGCAAUAUAUCUGAAACAUGUUGCCAUUGGUCAUUUAUUUGAACAUGCUCAGCGUGCGCAAUAUGACCUUGAAGAAUGUGAUCUAGCGUUGCAACAAGCAGCUGAAAUAGCUAAUGGAUUAGCUGAUGAACUCACUGCCCAUAUGAUUGUAAAAACUGGUACACAACCUGAUGACUCUUGA